GAAGGCGAGGAGGAGGCAGUAAACGGUUGAUUAGGGGUGACGCUGGCGGGGUCUGCAAUCAUUUUGUUGCAAAUCCCAUACAUGGAUGCACGCCUGGCUGAAACAGUGUCGUGCUGGAGAGAAAGCACGGGGAGAAAGCACGGGGAGAGAGUUGAAUGAAAGUGGAGGAGCUGUGAGUGACGAGGGAGGAGGAGGAGGUGGUGGUGGUGGUGAGGGAGUUUCCUCUCUCGAAUGUCGGGGAAUGCAGCAGAGUGACGCAGAACUCGCUUUCUCUCCGACCUUCCGAACCUGAUACACCCCUCGCUCGGGAAGGAGAAAGGCAGCCUCUCACCAUCACCACCACUCUGUAUUGACGACCUCUGAUUAUAUUGCCCCUAGUUUAACCACCCUGGCCUCCAAACGCUCCUUCCUCCUCCCGUCUUAAUUGUGAUAGACAAACGACAAACAUCGUCAUCGACCUCCUCAAUUAACACAUCUGCCGCUGGUCAGCAGUUGUCAGCUCCGGAUUGGUGGUGGUACGAAUAGAAAAUUCGAAUAAGUCCUCGCUGAACUUCUGUCCUAUCAACAACCACCAUGGCGCAGCCGAAUGCAAACCUUGGCGUUGAAGGGGAAGGGGGAGGUGAAGAGCCCAGAGUCGGUAAACCAAAAACACCCCAACAAAUCGCAGCGCAAAUCCGCCUACAGCACACCAAUGCUCAGGUCGACGAGGUGGUUGGCAUCAUGCGCAGCAACGUAGAGAAAGUUCUUGAGAGAGAUGCAAAACUGUCCGAGCUGGAUGACAGAGCCGACGCUCUGCAACAAGGUGCUUCACAAUUCGAGCAACAGGCCGGAGCCCUCAAGCGGAAGGCGUGGAUGAAAAAUAUGAAGAUGAUGAUCGUGAUGGGAGUGAUCGGGUUCAUAUGUCUUCUCUUCAUCGGAUCUAAAUUAGGCCUUUUCUAACCUCGAUAAGUUAGUAUGCUCAAGGUUUCUUCAUUCAUUCAUUCAUUCAGUCUGUUCCACAUCAAAAAAAAUCCGGAUAAAACAACACCAACUUUCACCCAAUUCUUAAACACACCUUUGCAUUGUUACGUAAUCUGUAAGCAAUAUGUACACACAACACCCUUGGAAUGCGGACUGGUCAAUUAGUGCAAGUAAUACCAGGAGAAAGUGCACCUAACUAUGUAUUUCUAUCUACAAUAUGGUUACAAGAGAGGGUAAAAGUAGGCAAAAAAAUCCACCGCCCAACAUUUUUAGUUUCACUUGUUUUGUUAUAUUUCGCCCAUUCUGAUCCGUUUUUUUGAGAUCUUGUACAUCUUCACACUUUCACUUUUUUACUUGUUGGGUGGGCUCUGGAGGUUGAUUUUACUGCAUCCUCGUGAAGUGAUAACACACACACGCGUUAUGCAAAAGUCCUUUAGCCUGUAGAUUCUUGUGUAACUUUUGAGUAAGGAUGAGGACUUAGUUGAUGAGUUGAAUAUGGUUGACUAUUUAUAAAGACAUCGACUAGUAAUUGCCUUUCUGCUUGUCUCUUUGUGCACUCCGGGAAGUAGAUUCUAAUUUCGUGACGCUUUUUCGCAAAGCAUGUCUAUGUUGCACACUGAUGAAGAAUUCGUUGUACAUUUUGAAAAGGUGGAGAAUUUUGUCACUCACGACUCGUUUACACAAAUCUGAUGUAUAUUCCACGAGAGCGAGAGAGGAGGAGAAUAGCCCAAAUAUUGUCGGUAUUAUUGUUUUUACGAUUAUUAUCGUUCUGAUUAUCAUUACGACAAAUAUGAAGACGACGAUGAUACAUACAUACCUAUAUUUAAAGUGUAUAUUACACCUAUUCGUUGGUAAAAGUGUAGAGUAUUGUAAGUACAGUAAAAAACAAACCUCAUAUGUAUUAAAUUUUAAAUGGGAUCGAGUGAGGGGGAUGAGAGCGUUUUGAGAAAAAGUGAAUAAUUGUUGUAUAUCAUCGACUGUUAGAUGAAUGAAGCUGUUGUAGAUGCAAAGAUGACCUAGAAAUAGUGGACUUGAGCGACUUUGUCACCAGACAAAUUGACCUCCGUGUCCACGAGAUUAGCUAAAAUAACACACAACAAUAUUGCAACGAAGUUAGCAACUAUUGCCUUUGAACAACUAACAGCCAUGUGGUGAGUGUUUGAAAGGAAUAAAGAAAGUCAAUAUCAAC